AUGAGUCCUGAAGUCUUGGAGAAGGCAGAAGUGCAACAGCUAUUGAACGAGUUGUUCAACUUUGCAGACGACAGCUUUGUCCGGAGUGGUGAUCGGAUGCAGGCCUUCAAGCUGGGACGACCAGCUCCUAAGAUUGGAGACAUUGAUCGGUGCGCGGUGUACCUAUCACUGGCACCCGGCAUGGAGAAUCCCGCGGGAAUAGACCCGCCAGAGGACGACGCUGCUCAGUGUCCCCAAUACACCAGCAGCGAGGAGGAGCAGAACCGCCCCGCCUCGACCACCGAAGAUAGAGUGGCGGGGAAAAGGCCGCUAGUGGUGGAUCCAUCUCCUGCGGAUCGUCUGGACGUUGCGCCGGCCACCACUGGUCGGAUGACUAGCGACCCUCCUGCCCCGCACGUCGAGCCGACGCGCGUCGUAGAGACGGGGGUGCAGGCGCCGAUCGGUAGAGCCAGGAGGAGGUUCUUCACCGCGACGCACAGGCGCUCCGAUCUCGCGGCGUCGGACGUCGACCCGGACCGCGUUGCUGGCCAGAAGGCAGCUGAGCCCGUCGCUGUAGUUGGGGACGCCGCGCCGCAGACCACAGAGCAGCCCGUGGCGACAACCGCGGCUGAGAGCGCCGAGGAGCAUCCGGCCCCGGCAAGGGCCACGGCGAGCACCCCGACGAGGAACGAGGAGGCUACGAGGACGCCUCCCCCGAGUAACGUUGUGGAGGAGGAGAGCAGAGCCCCAACUCCUCCACUAGCCGAAGAAAGGGGAGGCCCAAUCCUACCCCAAGCAGGGGCCUCUUUGCCCGUAGGCUCCCCUGGCCUGGACCAGGGUCCAGUGAUGCCUGUGACCACGGCCGGUGGCAGUGCGGCGAACGAGGAGACCCGGACGGCCUCCGACGAUGACGUGGAGGAGAUCCAAGGGAUUGUUCCUGCAGACUGGUUGCACGCCUCCGGCAAGAGAAGGAGCAGCUCAGCCAGGAGCUUGCUGGAGCACUGGAGACCGGGCGCCGAGCUGGCGAGGAGCUAA